UGGAGAGCUCAGAUGUAGCAUGUGCAAAAAGCAGGAAUAAGGCAGGCUUGCGCUUGAUCAAGCCAAAGAAAAACCUCUCCAGAGAGAAUAUAGAAAAGGAAACCAAAUGCUGAACUGAAAUACUGGCUCCUAAGAAGUCCUCCUAACUCCUGCUGCUUCCAGCAAAAGCAGAGAUCUCUUGACACCUUGCAGAAGCUCAGAAACACCUGGCUGGCUCUCAAGGUUUCAGGUACCUAAUGUGACUGCCCAGCUCAGCAUUUGGCUCUCCCAUACUGAAAACUAAGGACCGAGCCUGACACAGGCUCCUGCAGCUGUGUUCCUGCCAACAGUGCAAAUAACUGACCAGCUUGUGAUGAUGUUUAUUACUGCUUGAAGCUGCUGUACUGAAAACAAACAGUAGAAGAAUGUGGAAGAAUUCAAGCCUCCGCUGCUUUUUAGCACUAGCUAUUUUAUGUUCAAGAAGCUUGAUAUAUAGCCAAGAGAUAGGUUCUCUUGGCCACCCUCAGAAUUUGAAAUGUGUAACACGUAACUUACAUAAAAUGAUCUGUACUUGGGAUGUCUCUUCUAAAGGAAGACAUGGACAAACUGAUUUUUGCUACACUACCAAUGACCUCCCCCCUCCAGUGUGUUUUAAAACUAAGGAGAAAAGGGUCGAGAUUCCUGUCCCAGAGAGGUCUACCACAGUGACAAUAACCACAAACAGCAUUUCUGGGACUACUUUUGCUACCAAAGAUUUUGAAAUUCAUGAGAAAGACAUCUCAUUUGUUCCUUUCACUCCACGUAUUCUUAGUUUAACACCUGACUUUUCAACUUCCACUUUAAAUGUGAAAUGGAGUGAUAAUGGAUCAGUCUUCCCAUACGGACUGGAUGCAUUUUGGCAGAUUCAGAUACUCCGUGGAGAAGCAAUGGAAAAAGUUGUACAAGUAAUGUACUAUUCAAAAAUGACUCACGAAGACGUCAUCCUUUCUUGGAACUGGACAUCAGAUACGCCUUUGGAGUGUACAUCGCAUUAUGUGAAGAUUCGCUGUUAUAUUAAUGUAACACAAUUUGUUGGCCCCAAGGACUGGAGUGACUGGAGCCCAGUAGGAGAGAUCCCUGGAAAAGAUACCGAGCCCAAUGGAAAUGGGGUGUUUCCUCAGGACACUGUGGUGGCAGUAGGUUCAGAUGUGACAAUUUGUUGUGUCCAUGAAGAAGGACAGCAGAUACAACGGAUGACUUAUGGACCAGACAUAUACCCAAUGAUACAUCUGAGCAGUCGAAGCAGUGCCAUCAGAGUGCUAAAUGCCAGUGCUUCAGAUACCAGUGGGACAAAUGUAGUGUGUAUACUGUCUGAAGAUGAGAUGGAGGGAACUGUCUUGUUCGUAGGAUUUGCCCCUGAUAUUCCCCAAAACCUCAGCUGUGAAACAUCCAACUUCCUGACAAUAAAAUGCACCUGGAAACCAGGCAGACCCAGUGGACUAUACGGAAAUCGAAAAACAAAUUACAGUUUAUUUGAAAGGACAUCUGGUAAAAAUGUUUCAUGCAAAGUCGAUGAAAUGAACAGAGAACGUGUCUGUGGCUUUCCAGUGCUGGGUGAUCAAAACAUCUACGAUUUUGUAUUAGGUGUCUCCAAUCCUAUUGGGCAAACAGAGGCAUCACUUUUGGUUGAUUUAACUCACAGAGUUCAUCCAAAAUCUCCAGAAAAGUUAACUGUUUCUGGAACCAGCUCUACAAGUGUCCGUCUGCAUUGGUUUAUAAAUGGCAGCUUUGCUGAGAUCAGACUUCUGUGUCAAAUUGAAAUUAGCGGUGGUCACUCUGAGCGAAAACUGCACAGUGUCACCAUGCCUGGUGGAAACUUCUCAACUUACACAGCUCAGCUGAAUGGAUUGCAGCCAUAUACCAAAUACCGGUUCAGUGUGCGCUGUUCGGCUGCUGACCACUUCUGGAGGUGGAGUGACUGGAGCAGGACAGAGGAGCACACAACACUGGAAGCCCCUCCAUCGCAAGGACCAGAUAUCUGGAGAGAGAGAAGUCCUUCUGGAAAAAGCAUAAAAAUCUUCUGGAAGCCUUUAUCCCUUUCUGAAGCUAAUGGAAAAAUUGUAUCUCAUGAAGUAUCCUGCUACCAGCUAGAGACACCACUGGAGUUUAAAGAGGUCACCGAACCCUCAAACAGUACUGAGAUAAAACUUGGAAAAAAUGACUGUGUCAUUAGUGUUGUAGCCAAAAACCAUGCAGGCUCAUCUCCUCCUUCAAGAAUAACAAGCGUAGAACUUCCAAAUGACAAUGUCAAAACAGAUCGGGCUAUGGCAAUGGGGAAUGGAAUUUAUAUUUCUUGGAAUUCUUACCCCAACAUGACCUGUGGCUACAUAGUAAAAUGGUGUCAUUCAUCUGCGUCUGAACUGUGUAGUGUGGACUGGCAGAAAUUUCCUUCAAAUACAACGGAUGCGGUGAUAAAGUCUGCAUUCUUUAGACCUGGCGUGAGAUACAACUUUUCACUAUAUGGCUGCAAAUCCAGUGGAUAUCAGUUAUUGAAAAACAUAACUGGGUAUAUGAAAGAGCUGCCUCCAAAACGUGCACCAAAUUUUACUGUAGAAGAAACUUCCUCAGAUUCUAUCUUGGUAAAAUGGGAAGACAUUCCUAUUGAAGAUUGUCAGGGAUUUUUAGAGGGAUAUCGGCUUUCCUUUGCAAAAGGUGAAAAAGAUGCUUUAAAGCCAAGGCUUUCUGAAUCAGGGAAUCCAGAACUUAAAGUUAAGAAUAUCACUGACUUAACAAAGAAGUCUUUGAAAAUACUUGAUCUUCAAGGCAAAACAAGUUACCAACUGGACCUGCAAGCCUAUACUGCUGGUGGGUUGAGCCCUCCAAACAGCCUCUAUGUGGUGACAAAGGAGGACUCCGUAGGAUUAAUCAUUGCAAUUCUCAUCCCCAUGGCAGUGGUUGUGUUGCUUGGAGUGGUGGCCAGCAUCUUCUGCUACCGAAAGAGGGAAUGGAUUAAAGAAACAUUUUAUCCAGAGAUCCCAAAUCCUGAGAACAGUAAGGCACUGCAGUUUCAGAAGAACAUCUGUGAGGGGAAUAAGGCGCUUAAAACACUGGAAAUGAAUCCCUGUACACCCAAUAGUGUUGAAGUGGUGGAAACACAGUCUGCAGCUCCCAAGAUUGAAGACACAGAGAUGAUGUCGCCAGCAGCCGACACCACUGUGCCUGAAGAUGGCUCUGACUCAGAAAUGGAGAACCAUGUUGUUGUGUCCUACUGCCCCCCUAUCAUUGAAGAGGAGAUCUCAAAUUCCCCUAUGGAUGAACCUGUGGGGUCAUCUCAGGUUGUUUACAUUGACAUCCAGUCAAUGUAUCAGCCUCAAAUUAAACCAGAGGAAGAGCCAGAAAUAGACUUAGUGACUACAGCAGGCUAUAAGCCACAAAUGCAGCUGCCUAUCAGUGCUGUGAAAAUUGAGAGUCGCUCACCUGCAGAGGAAGAGUUGGAUAAAAGUGCAGGUUACAGACCUCAAGCGAACACAAAUGCCUGGAACAUGGACACUCCAGACUCUCCUGGAUCAGUUGAAAGCAACAAUGAAAAUGCAUCUUUUGGGAGCCCAUGCUCCAUUAAUUCCCGACAGUUUCUGCUUCCCCCAAAAGAUGAUGAAGACUCCCCCAAAUCCAGUAACAUAGGGUGGUCCUUCACACACUUUUUUCAGAACAAGCCAAAUGAUUAAUACUGAGUCCGUGUUGCUGCCUUCUGAAUCUGCCUUCUAAAUAAGCUCUUACUCCUGAUGUUGUAAAGAAAGGAGGAAGAAAAGUGCAAAAGACAUGAAUUAUUCUUGGAGACAGUCAGCAGAGGUUCUGGUGAGCUGAAUGUUAUGUUUAAGUUAGCAGAAGCGUUAAUGCUGCAUUUUAGUAGAGGCCAAGAAGCCAAAGUUAUAGCAAUUUGGUUAUUACUCUAGUAAAAUAUAUUGGAUAUUAGGGGUAUUGACUUUAGAGCUCCUGAUAAUCAUAAUCAAAGAACUCUGCCUCCUUCACAUAGUGCUCCAAGAUUAAUACAGUCUCAUGCAACUUAUAACUUGGAACGAUUACUUUGCUUUGUUGUAGUUGUUCUAAAACAUACAUGCUCAAAUGACACAGCCCCAACAAGUUUCCUUACUGAAGGUUUCGUUUAUCACAAACCUCAGCCUAAUGGAAACAUGGAAACAACAUGGCUGGAAACCAUUGAGAUGUUUUACCUAGUUAUAAACUAAGAACAAGUGAGUGUGCUAUUUUUUUUUUUUUCACAUACAAAAGGGGAUUGUCACUGUUUAACACUUCUAAAGCAACAGCCAUUCAAAUCUGUUGCUUUUUAACUAGACACUAGCUUCUGUACCUACUGUACAAUGUAUAUUCAAUGUUUGACUCAGGGGUACAAACUUGGGGGAAAAAGUGUAACACUGAUUUAAACCUCAACGAGAACUGCAUAAAGUUUAAAACUUUUUUUUAAAAAAAUCUUAGAAUGCUCUAUAUUUUUUCUAUCCUUUAGUUAAGGAGUUAAUCUUUCCUAAUGUAUUGCACUAAUGUAUUUUGUAUUUCAUAGCUUCAGCUCCAGAUCUCCUGCUUCAAAGUGGUACAGUACUCCGUUUGCCCCUACCGUUUAGCAGUCUUUGCACUAUACAGUAAUGUAAGCCAUGGGGAAAUGUCUGUCUGCUAACAUUAAAUAUCCAAGCAGUUUAGCACAUGAAAUUAGAGGUAGUAGUACUAGGUCCUUGAGAACUAAAUGCUCUUUGGAUGCUCUUUGCCACCUGCUGCCUGGCUGUUCUCCAGUGUCUACCCAACAAGAGCUUCUCUACAAAUCCCACCUAGGAGUACACAGUGGGAUUUCUCUAGUGGCAAGGAGAAACCCAUUUCAUGCCACUAAUUCUGCCUCUCCUUCACCAGAUAUGUGAUGCAAAGAAAGCUUAAAUGAUGUACAUUUGUGUGCUUAAAGGAGUGUUCAGAACAAUUGUCUUUGUAAAUGCUCGUUUCACAUAUGCAUCUUUAGGCAGCUGUAGUUGUAACAUUUCACUGUGUGAAGUUCAGACUGUUACAUACAUGAAUUUCACUCGCUUACAUGAGAAAGUGCUUUCUAACUUAAGUGUUCCUUACUGUAAAACACAGCGGUGAGAGAUCACGUUAAAGAUGUUGAUUAAAAAGGGCCUCCAUCAAGUCCUAACCAAAUCUUUUUUUUUUUUUUUUUUUCCAAUUUCUUUAGAUACUUUGUGGGGAUUUUUUAGUAAAUAAGAUGGGGGAAUGGCUUUCUAAGUAAGAUCUCAAAACAGAUAAGGAGGCUGAAUUGGCUAAGCUGAUAGCUGUAAAGGUGUGAGAAGACCAGGAGGAUGGGUAGCUUGGCAGACAUUUGGUCUCCAAAACAUAUGAUCUGGCUAUCAAAAUAAACCCAAGCAUUAGGUUACGUCUAAUCACAGCAGCAGAUGGUGCAGAUGUUGGUAUGUCUCUGCCUUUUCCAUAGAAAAAAUACAGAUAGCUUUCAAAACUGUCAAAAAGGCAAAACGCUGAAUAGCAUCCAAAUCACCAUCAGUAACAAUUGGCUGUGUGCCUCCUGGAAGAAUGAUAUAUGAAGACAGUAAAAAUAGAUCUGUCUGCUGACCUGCCAGAGUGCAAGGUGUGUCUGAAAGAAGAGAAAGUGCAGAUAAGAUUCUGCUUUUGAGGUGGAAUCUUUGAAUUAACAGAGCUGAACAUGAAAAGACAGACAGGCAGUGCAAAGAGCUGGUGUGCAUCUGUCACCAGACAUCACCUCAGGUGAAAGUUUUGUGCCUGAUCUAUUGCUGCCUCUUCCUUAGAACACUAAACUAAUGCAUAAAAUACUUAGAACACUAAACUAAUGCAUAAAAUGAAGCAGUUCUGCUCUUUGUGCUUGAUAGCUGGAAGAUGGCUAAGUCCUAAUAGUAACAACCCUUUCCCACAAUAUUUCUUUUAGAGCAAAUAUUUUCCACUACUGCAGAUUUGGCUUAAUGUGUUUAUCUCCUACGAUGAAUUUUAGAUUCUACUGCCAUAUGCUUUUAAUUGAAAGCAGAAGAUGUCAGGGACAGAGUGUAUGGAUAAACAGUUUCUCAAUGCAGAGGAGCAAUCAAUAUUGUAUGGUGAUUCAAACAAAAAAACCCCUCGGUAGCGGAAUAGCUGAUCAUGAAGGAUAAACGUGCUUUCGUAUGACUGUGUAUUGCAAGAAAGAAAACCAAACUCAAGUUUGAAAGUAAUAGCAAAUUUAAUUUGGCAGACUGGAAGACAGGGCAGCUGCAGAGGGCGCAGAGCUCACAGGAAACAGCCUAACACCCUUUGCAGUGCUCCCAUAAACACAACGAUCACAUACUGAGGUUUUCCUUUGUGCUGCUCUUCCUAUUUGAUGAAGAAAUUUAAAAUUGCCUUGUGAUUAGGUAGAGGAAAGGUCCACAAAUACAGGGUCUGCCUUGUUGUUAUCAAAGCACUCUUGUAUCAUUAUCCAUCACUUUUUUUAAAAAAAAAAAAGCAAACAACUUUGACUAUACAUUUUGUUUGACUGGUGUUCUGACUUCCAGGAUGCAGAGCAGAAAAGUCUGUUAACAGCAGUGGCUCACCGUAUGCAUCAUCUUGUAUCCAUAGCAGAAGAAUGGGGUGAAUGGAGGAGAAACACAGGCUUGUGCAGCAUAUGUAGCAUCAUUUACUGUUGCUUAAUGGUUAUGAACCAGUAAGCAGUUCAUUCCAGCACUUGCAAUUCAGCUGCUUCACCUCUGUGGUUUCCUUUGAGCCUAUUCAGUGCUGGCAGUGAGGACUCUGUUCAAAUGUCUGUCUUAACUCCAAAUACCAAAUGGGUAUCAAGAGGGUGUGUGCUAAUUUAGUAACCACGUGAAAAUGCACCUCAGUGCAUGGAGCGGUGAGAAUGAGUGUCAAGGAGUGUCAGGGAACAGACUUGCUUUUUGAGCCCAAGUGUCUCUUAAACCAGUGAAGCAUCUUUAGGAAUGUCUUCUUACCGAACUUGCUUUCAAAGCACAGUGCUGUUCAGCUUCUAAAUGCAUUGAUAACUAAUGUAAGACUAAAACUUUAGGCUUCAGAGGGGAUUGUACUCAUAUUAGUGCCUUUGGGCUUCCUGGUGAGCCUCUUCAGUCAAAUGGUUUCUGAAACAUAUUGUAGGAAACUUAAAAGACUGCAUUUCCUAACCAUCAUUUUCUGAAAGGUUUUAUUCCUACAUUUAAAGUCUAUUUUGCUUUUCUUCAUUUGCCUGUUUGCUUUUUUUCUAGAAGAAUAGAAAAUUCAGCUUUUUUAAAAAAACAAACAGAACAAAAAAAAAAAACCAGCUUACAGAAGGGAUGCGACCAGAAGGGAUUGUGUCCAAAAUGUUGUUACUCCUAACUUAGUGCUUCAAUCCUCAAGUUGGAUCACUGUUUGGAGGUGUAGGGUGUUAAUGCCAAGCAAUUUCUUUCUGAAGCAAGUCAUCGGUGCUGCUGCUUUUUAAUUUUUGAGCCAUGCCUGCCAUAUGUGACAAUUUGGGGGUUGUGAUGGGUUUUCGUACCAUUCAUUGUUAUGUGUGGAACAUCAGUCACAUUUGAUGUAACAUCCUGCACUCUCCUAUUUGACACGUUCAUUAUUUUUUGUUGAUCUGACACGUAGGAGGAUCUGGGAUCCUGGUUUUGUGUUAAACUUUGGGGUGGUAGAUCGGCAUGUGAUAUACCUCACAAAACUUCUAGUUAAUAUGUCAACAAAAUAGUAAGCUAAUGUUACAGGCAGGCUAGUGAAUUACCUCCGCUGCUAUGCAGGGCUGCAUAGGCAAACUUAGGACCCAAUGACUGACAUUUGCUGUGGUAGCUGUCUUUAUUACCUGUAGUUGCUGCUUUCGUGAGUAAAGCAUUUCCAAAGGGAACCAGUAGCCACGUUAUCUGUCAUAGAACAAUUGGUGAAUGUGGCAUCUUUGGAUUAUGUGGGGACCAGAGCUUUCCCCUGCUGGGAACACAGCAGCAGCAAGCUCCUGCUGACCUUGAGUUUCAGGCUGCUCUGAAGAGGCAUGUUCAAGCUGCCUUGGUUUUUUUUUUUUCCUGGUAAGUUUAGCUGGGUGAAGCUUAGGGACGUGUUGUUUCCUGUGAUGUCCUCCAGGACACUCAGUUGAAUAUGAAUAGUAGCAAAAAUGAAGGCCAUGGGAUGCAUUGGAGGGAGAAGGUGUCUAGACAUCACUCUGAAAAGGCAAUGAGAAACCACGUGCUCUAUUUUUACCCACAUAUUGCUUUGUAAAUAGAAUAUUUGUAUACCUACAAGUGGAUAGAAAUAUAGUGAAAGAGUUUGAAAUACGUAAGAAAAAUGUAACAUUUAAAGAACCAGAGUGCUAACAAGACUCUGUGUAAUAUAAAUCUAUCAGGAGCUUACCAUGUAAAUAGCAUCUUCUGUUCUGCCACAGACUUUUGACGAAGACUUCAAUGCAAAUGGCAUGAGGAUUUUAACAAUAAGAAAAGUUGUAACUCCUUAUGCACAUAUGUGCUUAUAUUAUUAUGUACCUAUGUGCAUAUUGCAGAGGAAGUUGACUUGCAAUUCCCAAAGCGAUUUUCUUGGAUUCUUGUACUUAAAUGUGUGGCCUCUAAGGUGCAGUUUUGUUCAGAUGAAGGAGCUGCCAUUUGCACUUGCCUGGACACACUACUCAGGAGUUUGUACUGCUGUGCAGUAAGCAGUGUCCUGUGUGGCCGAUGCUCAGAGAUGCUGUAGGGAGUUCACAAGAUUUGUUGUUGGCUUUUUCUUUGCCUUUUCUUUAGGAAGCCUGGGAACACAGUCCCAGACCCCACAUACCAGCUAAAAAAAUGCUGGAGUGUUUAAAAACUAAUUUCAUUAUGCUUAAAUUUUUAAAUAGGUCCUUAGAAGCUUCAAAACAGUUUCUUCCCUAAGAAUUUUCUUUCUUCUUCUCCCCCAUUUACAUAACUCUGGAUUUUCCCCAGUGUUUCUAAGAUAGUCAGUGUUUUGUUUCCUCUUUUGCAUGUUAUGCAAACAAAGCUCAGAUGAUGUUGGCAGGGGUUUCUGUAAUUUUACAAGUUGUCCCAGGGUGCAUGACAAUACUUUUUCCCUGCAAAAAUGUCUAUUAAUUCCUUCUGCUUCUACAACCGAAAAGUCUCCAGAGAAAUUCUGCGUUUUGGAGGGCAGGGGCUCGGCAUCCCUGGUGACUUGGUCUAAUGACAAGCUGCUGCGUGAGAGGAUGUGGUUAAUUCCUCUCCGGUCUCACCCUCUCCUUGUGCCAGCUUUCCAGGAGAUCUUGUGAUGCAGUGGAGCCAAUGGCGUCCUUAUUUUUUAAUGUGAUACCUAACAGAAUCUCUAGGUAGUUUUUUGGAUGGUCCCAAAUCUGCAUUUCAACUGUUGCUACAUGAAAGCAAGCUCCAGUGGAAGCAUCUGCACGGCUUCCAUGAGAAGGUUAAUACCUUUGCAACUCAUUUGCUCUCAUGUGCAAUAUGUAGUAAGUAAAAUUUACCCAGGGGCAAAGGAAAAAAUUAAAUGCUCUCAUUUUCAUUAUUUGGGUUGAGAAAAAUGCAAAAAAGACAUUUCUCAAGCAGGGCAAAGCAAAACAGAAAUUGAUAAGGCCUCGCACUUCUUGGUAGUAAUACAAUAACAAAAGAAUCCUUGAACGUCACUUUGUCAAUGUUUCCUUAAUGUAAUUCAGGAGUGGCUGAGGAUGAAUAUUUUAGGCUUCAUAUCAUGUCCAAAAAGUUUGCGAAGCAGGGGAUAGCAAAAAAAAGAGAAGAUAGCUGAAUCAACUCAUGUCUCAAAUCCUACCCAAGUAAUUUGAACUUUGAUUGUUUUGUGGCAAGCAAAACAGUGAAGCUGGUGGAGUCAUGCAGGUCACCUGGAAAAAAAGCCCAACAUUGUACUAUAAUGCUGUAACUUUUAAAAUGUAUACUGUGAACAGGUUUAAUGGUUUUUUUUAGCUUUUUUAUACCAUAUUUUUUUACAGCUUAAAUAAUGUUUAGAAAUGUUUUUAUGUUCUGUUUUCAUGAAGAUUUUAAUGGACUUCUGUUUAAUACUGGUGAAAAUAUUGUUUGCCAAGUUGAAAUAGUCAUCUGUAGAAAUUAAUUCUGAGAAUAAAUCAAUAAAUCAGGCUGACAAAGGAGUCUUCCUAACACACUAAAUCUAAUCAGUCAUUUAACAUAUUUCUGUUGCUGAGUGAUCAACUGAAGUUUUCUGGCUUCCAAAUCCACUAUUGAAAAAAUAUUUCUUUCGUAAUUUAAGCAAGAUCGUCAUGAGGCAGUUUAAUAGUGUUGUAGUAUACGAAGUAAAGUACUGAUUCAACGGAGUGUUAUCAACGUGAAAAUUUAGUAGCUAAGCGACUAAACAAAUGCAUGCUUGAAAAAAGAACGUAUGGGAUCAUAAUGGGGAAAUAAUGUUCCAGUGUGGCAGAUAACAUUUAAGACUAACCCAACACUACAAUACCAACUUUGCAUACAUUUUAAACCUCGUUUGCUUGACUGUUGUAACUCCUAUUGUAUGGCUUGGUUGUCUAAAAAUACGCAUGUAUUUAACAAUUUUAUCACAGUACUGCCAUGAAAUUUAAUAAAUAUAUUUUCUUACACUCUUA